AUGGCUAUCUGCUCUACUCUCAGGCUCAUCUCCCCAUCUCCUCCCACAACCUCCUCAAAACCCUACCGAACCACAAGCAUCAGAUGCUGCACAACAUCCUCCGUUAACGCAACCCUUCUCAAAGCCCUAACCACCGACCCCUCCCCCGUCUUCGCCUCCGUCAGGACCUUCGCCCCGGCCACCGUCGCCAACCUCGGCCCCUGCUUCGACAUCCUCGGCUGCGCCGUCGACGGCCUCGGCGACCACGUCACCCUCGCCGUCGACCCCCACGUCCACCCCGGCCAGAUCUCUAUCUCCCAAAUCACCGCCGCGAAUGACUCCGUCGGUAAGAAACUCACCAAGAACCCUAACUUCAACUGCGCUGGCAUCGCCGCCUUGGCCGUCAUGAAGAUGCUCGACGUCCGCUCCGUCGGCCUCUCUCUCUCCCUCGAGAAAGGCCUGCCGCUAGGCAGCGGCCUCGGGUCCAGCGCCGCCAGCGCCGCGGCGGCGGCCGUCGCCGUGAACGAGCUUUUCGGCGGUCGUCUAACCGUGUCUGACUUGGUUCUCGCUGGCUUGGAGUCGGAGUCUAGGGUUUCGGGUUACCACGCCGAUAACGUGGCGCCGGCGAUCAUGGGAGGUUUCGUGUUGAUUCAGGGUUACAAUCCUCUCGAAUUGAAACGAUUGAGGUUUCCGGAGGAGAAGGAUUUGUUCUUUGUGUUGGUGAGUCCCGAAUUUGAAGCCCCGACGAAGAAGAUGCGGGCAGCAUUGCCGACAGAGAUCACCAUGUCGCAUCACGUGUGGAAUUGUGGUCAGGCAGUGGCAUUGGCGGCCUCUUUGCUGGAGGGUGAUUUGAAAGGGCUCGGGACGGCUAUGUCGUCGGAUAGGAUCGUGGAGCCGAAGAGGGCUCCGUUGAUUCCCGGGAUGGAGGCUGUGAAGAAGGCUGCUAUUGAGGCUGGGGCUUUUGGGUGCACCAUUAGUGGGUCGGGACCGACUGCUGUUGCGGUGGUAGAUAGUGAGGAGAGGGGGAGGGAGAUUGGUCAUCGGAUGGUCGAAGCAUUUAUGAAGGAGGGGAACUUGAAGGCAUCUGCUAUGGUUAACUGUCUUGAUAGAGUUGGUGCUAGGCUUUUGGGUUUUCUUUAUUUGUACGUCUGCGCUUGUGCCGAUGCAGUUGUUUUGUUCUCUCAGAGUCAUGGGGCAAAUGUUUUUCACUGCAUACGUUUCAUCUGUGUUCCUGAAUUGCUGUUUGCUAGAGAACAUUCUAUAUUUUUCAGGACAAAAAAUGGAUUGUUGGUUUAUCCUUUUACUAAUUUAGCAGAAGAACUGGUGUCGCAAAUGACCCAAUUGGUGAUGGAAAGCAGCUAUCUCCUCACUGUAUCUGAGGUGGCAAAAGCCUCCAAUUCUAUAUUACCUAUUGAAGUUGAACAUUGGAACUCAAAUAAGUAUUAA